UACCCGGAGCAGAAAUGGGCAAGGUAGUGGUAAGAAUCCCUCAGUAUUAUAUUGAGGCUUUUCAAGGACAGCUCAUCAUGCGAUUUGACGACACAAAUCCAGCGAAGGAGACCGCAGGAGUGAAGGAGACCGUAGAAUUUGAGGAUGCUAUACUGGAAGAUUUAAGAUUACUGCAACAUAAACCUGAUCGUUUUACGCAUAUCUCGGAUUACUUUGAGAUAAAGAAGCAAUGCGACAAAGUACGAAAUCUAAAAAGCGUUAUUGAUCAAGAAGUGAAGGUUCUCUUAAAUUUGAAAAGUGAUUAUAAAAAUGCGACUGGUCAGGAUUUGAAGCCCGUAAAUUCGGAGGUAGCGUCGAAAAAGGAAAAGCAAAAAUCUCCCAAGCCCGGAAAGACGUCGGAGAAAGAAGUUGCGAAAAACGCGGAUAGUCAGGAUGCAGAUACAAGCAAAGCUGGGACGAGAUUAGGAUUGGAGGCGAAGAAGGAAGAGAACUUCUUUGAUUGGUAUUCGCAAGUUAUCACAAAGAGCGAAAUGAUUGAAUGUUGUGACGUGUCGGGAUGCUACGUUCUUCGUCCGUGGAGUUACUCGAUCUGGUAUAUGAUAAUGGAGUACAUCGACGAAAAGAUAACGGCGCUCGGUGUUGAAGAAUGCUGCCAUCCGAUAUUGGUUACUCGUGGCGUAUUAAAAAAGGGGAAGGCGCAUAUAACGGAUUUUGCGCCAGGAGUCGUAUGGAUAACAAAAUGCGGCGAAAGCGAUUUGGCGGAGCCCAUAGCUAUUCGGCCCACCUUGGAGACUGUUAUGUACCCGGAUUUUGCCAAAUGGUUGAGGUCUGUUACCGAUUUACCUUUUAAGCUCAAUCAAUCUAGCAACGUUGUGAAAAUGAGACUUAAAGAUCCCAAACCGUUUCUAUCCACCACAGAAUGUUUAUGGGCGGAGGGUCAUACCGCGUUUGCUACGCAGGUGGAAGCGGAGGAGGAAGUGUUGACCAUUUUAGAUAUGUACGCUAGAGUCUAUGAGGAGUUGUUAGCGGUGCCCGUCAUCAAGGGUUAUAAGACUGAAAAGGAGAAAUUCGCGGGUAGCGUUUAUACCACUACUGUCGAAGCGUUCAUUUCAACUAAUGGUCACGCGAUACAGGGAGCGACGAGCAACCAUCUAGGACAAAACUUCUCGAAAAUGUUUAAUAUCCAAGUAGAAGGUAUCGAGGAUGGAAAAAAGACGUUCGUCUAUCAAAAUUCAUGGAGUUUAACUACACGAACGAUUGGAAUCAUGAUAAUGGUACACGGAGAUGAUAGAGGUUUGAUAUUACCUCCAAAUGUAGCACCAAUACAAGUCGUUGUGAUUCCCUGCGGCAUAGUCGCAAGCAUGUCUAAGUCAAAGAAAGAGGAACUUAUAAAUGAAUGCACCUGUCUGGUCAAUCAACUAAAAAUGAAUAAAUUUAGAGUGCAGGAUAAAAUUCAUCGAGCAUAUAAAUGCGACUACUGGGAGCUGAAAGGUGUACCAAUAAGAAUCGAAUUCAGUCCAAGAGACAUGGAAAGAAAUGAAGUAACACUCGUACGAAGAGAUAACUCGGAGCGAGAAGUUGUUAAAAAAGAUGAGUUAAUUUUAGCGGUAACUUGUAUGCUGAAAAAAGUGCAAGACAGCUUGUUACAGAGGUAAACGUUACUCAAAAAUUGUUAAACCAAUAAC